AUGUAUCCCAAAACCGCCAUCUGUGCGGGUUUGCUUUCUCAAGCUCUCCCAGCAUAUGGUGCCGUCAUGGAGAAAUUGGCAGCAGCACCUAGCGGAUGGACUGCUGCUUCGGAAACAGAUUCAAGUGCGGCCAUCACCCUCACAGUUGGCCUCGCUAUGCAAAACCUCGAUCAAUUGGAAGCCAAGCUUCUUGCCGUUUCCACACCAGGAAAUGCAAAGUAUGGAAAUCAUCUCGAUAUUGAUGAGGCCAAUGCUUUGUUUGCCCCUUCUGCGGAUGCAAGCACCGCGGUUACUUCAUGGUUGACGAGUGCUGGUGCUCAAAAUAUUGUGAGCGAUGGAUCGACCAUUUCCUUUGCCACCACAAUUGAGAAGGCCAAUUCGAUGCUUAAUGCAACAUUCCAAAGCUAUACAAGUAAUGGCGUAACGAAAGUUCGAACUACUCAAUACUCCGUCCCGGAUGACGUUGCUGAACAUAUCGAGCUCAUCUCUCCAACAACUUACUUCGGAAAGACAGUCGCAAAUGUGCCAACUAAGAUUGUAAAGAGAGCUACUUCACCUUCGAAAGUGACAGUUGAUGCUGCUUGCUCAACAUCCAUUACUCCUAAGUGCAUCAAAGAAUUAUACAACAUUGGAAAUUAUACCCCCUCAGUUUCAUCCGGUAGCAGAAUCGGAUUCGGUAGUUUCCUCAACCAAUCAGCUCUCUAUGCCGAUCUCUUUCAAUAUGAGAGUUACUUUGAUAUCCCAGAACAGAACUUCACAGUUACUCUAAUCAAUGGAGCUACCAACGAUCAAAAUGAAGCUACUGCUCAAAUUGGCGAAGCAAACCUUGAUGUCCAAAACAUUAUUGGUGUUGCUCAUCCUUUACCUGUUCAGGAAUUCAUCACUGGUGGCUCCCCACCAUUCAUCCCUAACAUUGAUCUACCAACUGCGGCCGAUAACUCCAACGAGCCAUAUUUGCCAUAUUAUGAGUAUUUGUUGUCUCAACCAAACUCCGCUUUACCACAAGUCAUCUCCAACUCUUAUGGUGAUGAUGAAGAUACAGUUCCAUAUGCAUACGCCGUACGAGUUUGCAACUUGAUCGGUAUCAUGGGUCUUCGCGGUAUCUCCGUUCUUGAAUCUUCAGGAGACACCGGCGUAGGAGCUGGUUGCGUUGCAAACGAUGGUCUCAACACCCCAUACUUCCAACCCCAAUUUCCUGCUGUCGCUCCCGAAGUCGCUUGGGAUGACGGUUCAGGAGGUUUCUCAAACUACUUCUCAACCGCUUGGUAUCAAGUAGCUGCUGUGGAUGAAUACUUGAGCAAACAUAUUAGUCCAAGCACCAAGGAAUACUAUGAGAGCUACACUAAUUUCUCAGGAAGAGGUUUCCCUGAUAUUUCGGCGCAUAGUUUGACUCCUGAUUACCAAGUCGUCUAUGACGGUGAACUUUCCCCUUCAGGUGGUACUUCAGCCGCUGCUCCUGUCCUUGCCGGUAUUCUCGGUCUUCUUAACGACGCACGAUUCAAAGCAGGAAAACCAGCUUUAGGAUUUGUUAACCCGCUCCUUUAUCUUCUUGGCACAGGAGCUCUUAAUGAUAUCACCGGAGGAGCUAGUGUAGGAUGUAAUGGUGUCAAUGGACAGACUGGCGCAACAGUACCUGGAGGAGCAGUUAUCCCAUAUGCAAGUUGGAAUGCGACAACAGGGUGGGAUCCAGUCACGGGAUUGGGAACACCAAAUUUUGAAAAAUUGAAGGCACUCGUUUUGAAAUAUUAG